AUGCUCAUCAAAAUUUGGAGGUGGCUACAUCAGCCAAAGGUAUGGAGAUUUGUGUGUUUUGCUUCAUCUAUCGUUGGCCUUAUCUGUUAUGCUUUGAGCUCCUCUUUCAAUCAUUUACUUGGAAAUUGGACCUGGUGGAAGUUACUUCUUUACAUUAUUUUCAGUUUUUUAAUUUCCCUUUCCACCUUGUUUGGAAAGACAUGGGAAUACUCCAACUCUCGCUGUUUGGAAGCUCACACAGCAUUUUCUGUUUUGCUUAUCACUUCUGUAUACUCCUUUUUCCUUGAUAAAGAUCUGAAACAGAAAGCAGAUGCCUAUAGUCUGCUUUCUUGUGUUGCUUUUGCUAUCAUGUCUCUAGGCUUGUCUAGGCUGAGUCAGUUAGGAUUUGAGGUUGAUCUCCUGUAUUUUUUCUGUGGACUUCUGACGGUACAACUCAUGAAAAUAAAACAGUGGAUAGUCACUGUUGGAGGAGCUUUCAGUUAUUCCCUCAUCAUUCUUCGUUCCAAUUUGGAUCAUCAACCAAGAAGUGGGAAUCAGUAA